AUGCCUCCUCGAAUCACAUCCGCGCUGACGGAAGGAGCAAGUGAGUCCAAAUACGCGACCAGCACGGCUCAUCAGGUGCGAUUGCUAUCGUUACGGACAUAUAUGGCCCAGAUUCGUAACCCUGCUUACAUUUCUGGAUGGUUUGUGGGCGGCAUCACCUUCCUGUUCUAUGGCACCCUAUACGUAAACCUGGACGCUGAUCUGACAUCGCAAAGCACAGUAGAAACGAUAAAGAAUCUCACCGUUCAAUCGGCCUUUAUCUACCAGUUACUCGGUGCCAUGUUCUUCAACGAAGCUCCGACGGUAUCAAGCGUGUUCCUGGAGAAAGAAAUGCUGCGCAGAGACGGGGCUAGCGGGACAUACAGUUAUCUGGCGUAUCAUCUGUGUUGGUACUUAAGGCUAAGCAUGGGUGCCUUCACAAAAGGUAUCCUGUACACACCACUUGUGUACUUUCUGGGAAAGCUGCCGCUGACAGUGGAGAAGUACUUCCUGUUCACGCUGUACAUGAUCAUCAUGGAUUCAGUGGGCACCUCUCUAGCUCUGCUUGUCGCCAGUUCUCUGUCAGCUCACUAUACGUUCGCAGUUACACCUUCUACUGGGACCCAAACACAGACGACGUCAAGUGUCUGA